AUGCCACCAGCAACACCCGCCAUCAACCCCGCCACUCUGCUCUCUACCACCUCCUACCCAAUCCCCGGCAAGAUUCUCAUCACGGAACACUUCUUCACCGUCCCCCUCGUGCACACCGACCCCGCCUCACGCACCCUCCGCCUCUUCUGCCGCACUGCCGAACCACUCGAUCGCCCCAUUGACCCGUCGCCCGCCCCCAAACCCAAACAACUCCCUCUGAUAGUCUACAUCAAUGGCGGCCCCGGCUUCGGCAGCGGCCACCCGAAGGACCUACCCUACACCGCCCCCCUCCUCGACAAAGGCUACAAGCUCGUCACCAUCGACCACCGCGGCAUGGGCCUCUCCUCCGCCAUCACCAAAGCCACGCUGCAGCGCGAAGGCUCCCCGCAGCAGCAGGCCGACUACCUCACGCACUUCCGCGCGCCGUUCGCCGUGCAGGAUUUCGAGGCCGUGCGCCUCUGUUUGAUGCGGGGAUGGGACUAUCCCGAGGAGAAGCGGCGCUGGAGUAUCAUGGGCCAGAGCUAUGGUGGGUUCGUGUGCACGACCUAUUUGAGCAUGUACCCUGAAAGCGUCAGGGAGGUGUUUAUUUUUGGUGGGUUACCACCUGUGAAGGAGAAGAGGCCGGAUGAGACGGUGAGGAGGUGUGUGAGGAAGGUGCGGGAGAGGAAUGCGAAGUUCUAUGCGAAGUUUCCGGGGGAUGUGGAGGGAUGUAGGCGGGUCGUGGAGUUUUUGAAGAAGGAGAGGGUGGUUUUGCCGGAUGGCGGGUUGCUGACGCCCGCGAGGUGGUUGGAGCUAGGGAUCACUUUUGGCAUGCACGGCGGGUUGGACGAUGUGCAUACUCGGGUGGUGAGGGCGGUGAAUGAUCUCGAAGUGUUUGGCGAGCUGACGAGGCCCACUGCGGAAUCGGUGUCGGGAUACCUAGGAUUCGAUCGUGCGAUAUUGUAUGCCCUGGUGCACGAGGUGCUCUACUGUCAGGGCGAGAAGUCUAAUUGGGCGUUCGAUCGAGUGAUUGCGCAGGAGCAGGGGUUUGGUGUAGACGAGCCGCGUGAGAGAUACCUGUUCACGGGCGAGAUGGUCUUCGGCCGAGUCUUCGACGACUACAGCGAGCUACAGGGUUUGAAGGAGGUGGCUGAGAUUCUUCACGCCAAGAGCGAUUGGGAAGACUUGUAUGACCUGGAGAAGCUGGAAAGGAACGAGGUUCCAGUCUACGCUGCUGUCUAUGUCGAGGAUAUGUACGUGUCGAUGGAAACGUCACUGACCACGGCUGCUGUGAUCAGGGGUUGCAAAACGUUCAUCACAAAUCAGAUGUAUCACGAUGCGAUUCGGAGCAAGGCAUCGGAUGUGCUCGCAUCUUUGUUUGCGCUAAGAGAAGAUACCAUCGACUGA